AGUCAGUCCUUAUCUCUUUAUCCCUGUGGAUAGUUGAGGGCUAGAGUUCUCCCAGGUGACAACAGAUGAGGCUUAGAAAAUGCUUAAAGACGCAGGGCUGCACACAGGCAGCAUAAGUUUGUUUGACUGAUGCUCACUUUUCAAGCACAGGCCUGAAUUUUCUCUGGGAGGAUGGAAUACUGCUGGAACUUGUUGAAUGUUCUCGCUUUUUGGGAACUGACUCAGAUGCCAUCAAGCUAUUGCCUGGUGCGACAUAAGCUGCCAGUUUUAUGGAUUAUGCCACUCAGCGGAGAUUCUGGGAAGGGCAACAUUACGGCAGAGGUGCUUCCUGCUGUUGAGCUAGCAUUGCAUCAUUUGAGCGAGCAGCCGGCUCCUCUAGGCAACUACGAGCUUCAGUUUCACCUCACAGACUCAGAGUGCGAUAACGGCAAAGCACUCAAAGCAUUUUUUGACACCAUAUUCAAUGGCCCCAAACCUGUCAUGAUCUUUGGAGGUGUGUGUUCGUCAGUGACGUCUAUCCUAGCCCAGUCUCUGGAAAGCUGGAACCUUGUGCAGCUGUCAUUUGCAGUAACAGCACCUUCUCUGGCCAACAAACGAUUUCCAAACUUCUUCCGUACUGUGCCAUCAGACAGUGCAGUUAAUGUGGCGCUGGUGAGGUUUCUCAGGCAGUAUGGAUGGAGUAGAGUUGGUACACUGACUCAGCGUGAGCAGAGGUUCACAGAGGUACAAGGAGACUUAAGCAAACAUCUGGAGGCGGCUAACAUCCAGCUUGCAGAGGCUGAGAGCUUCUCUGAAGCCCCUUGUGACUGUGUGAAAAAACUGAAGGACAAUGAUGUGAGAAUAGUGAUUGCUCAUUUUGAUGUGAGCUUAGCUGCUAGAGUAUUCUGCUGUGUGUAUAAUCUCAGCAUGUACGGCCAAAAGUACCAAUGGAUUCUGCCAGGCUGGACACAAGCCAUCUGGUGGACUGACACUGAACCUAUAAACUGUACAGCUGAAAACAUACUGACUGUCAUUGAAGGAUCUAUCAGUGCAGAUAUUGAGACUCUUAGCACCAGAAACAUCAGAGGGACCUCUGGUAGGACGCCUCAGGAGUACGAGAAGGAGUAUGAUGAAAGACGACAACUGAAGCGUCUGGGUGCAAGCAAGUUUCAUGGCUUUGCUUAUGAUGGUACCUGGGUAAUUGCCAAAGUUUUAACGAGAGUCAUGGAGACUGUGAGGUACAGAGAGAGAUACAGCAUCCAUCGCAACUUUACUGUCACUGAGCAGGAAGUGGGACAAAUGGUUCUGGAGGCCAUGGACAAAAUCAAUUUCUUUGGUGUUACAGGUCACGUUAUGUUCCAAAAAGGUGAAAGAAUGGCCAAUGUGAAGUUUGCUCAAUAUCAAGAUGGAAGAGUUGUUGAUAUUGAAAAAUAUAGUGCCAUUACAGAUGAGCUAGAGUUCAUCAGUCCAAUCAGAUUUCAAAGGGAUAAACCCACAAAGGACAGAACCCAUGUGUACCCUUACAGGAAACGCAUCAGUAUAUUUCUCUAUGGUAUUGUGGCGUUUCUAACUUUUUUGGGAAUUUUUACAUCUUGCAGUUUCCUGGUCUUCAGUGUGAAACACCGCAAUCAUUGGGCCAUUAGCAUGUCAAGACCUUUUAUGAACUCUUUGAUUAUUCUUGGCGCUGUGUUGUCGUAUUGCUCCAUUUUCUUCAUGGGUCUAGAUGGGUCUUAUGUUUCUGACAGAGUAUUUGAAGUUUCCUGUUCUGUACAAAUAUCAUGUCUAUCUAUUGGAUGUACAGCAGCUUUUGGGGCCAUGUUUGCAAAAACAUGGACAAUUCAUUCAUUCUUCAAAAACCACAGCAUGGAAAAAAAGGCCACAAAGGACUAUGGGCCAGUUCUCCUGCUUAUGUUUCUUUUGUUGAUUGACCUGAGUUUAGUCAUUUGUCUGCAAAUUUUGGAUCCUUUGAGGAGAAGAUUGAAGGAGUAUCAUAUAGAGGCUGACCCUCACGGGCAAGAUUUUUUUAUUCAGCCCUUUUCAGAGCGAUGUGAAAACACAUACAUGGGUUUCUGGAUGGCUGCGAUCUAUGUUUAUAAGGGGAUACUCCUGCUGAGUACCUGUUUCCUGGCCUGGACCACACGCCAGACGAACAUCCCUGCCGUAAACGACAGCAGGAGUAUCCGAUUCAGUGUGUUUGUGUCAGUCCCAGUGAUUCUGAUUGGUACAUGUGCAUCCAUGCUGUGGCAGGAUCAGCCAAAUGUGCAGUUCUGCAUUGUGACCCUUGUGAUCAUCACAUGCUGCUGUAGCACUCUGUGCAUGGUGUUUAUUCCAAAGAUUAUUAUAAUAAGGAUGGGUACUGAUCCUGCAUUCUUAUCAAGGAGGUUCCACCUCAUACAGUGGCAUAGCGAAUUAGAAAAGAAGCUUGGACAAGACAAGGACAAGAGGAACAUCAUGGAGGAGAACGACCCAGGAGCAUCUGGCUGUGUGACUGACAUGGCACAGAACAUCUUCUCUAGUCUUGACAAUCUACUGUCAGAAAACCUACACCUCAAACGGCACAUUAUAGAACUGAAUUCUGAGCUGGAGGAUUUGACCAGGCAACUGAAUGAACUGAGCCCACAUGUUAUAGAGAAUGUCAUCGUCAGAAGUUUUGUACACAAAGCAGUCAAGAAGAAAUGCCUGACUCUCCCUGAAAGUUCCCACUGUAACAGGAAUCUGCUGGAGGACAUUAAUUCCCCUGAACACAUUCAGCGCAGGCUUUCUCUGCAGUUACCAAUUCUGCAUCAUGCCUAUCUGCCCUCUAUUGGAGGAGUGGACUCCAGUCCUCUGAGUAGCCCUUUUGAAAGCCCUCAACAAAUGCCGAUGCCCAGGACAUAUGGAGUGCUGGUGACAGGAUUGUGACAGUAGGAGACAAAAUAAGUACCUGGAGACAAAAUAAGCAUAUAUAUUUCAAAAUGACUUAUAUAUAUUUAGUAUAUUUGGUAAAUUGUAAUGAAAUUCACAAUUAUAAUUUAAAUUUAAAAAGUGGUUUAGAAAUUGGCAUCUCCAUGUGGUCCUGUUUGUUACACAAACAUAAUAUUUGUUUCCUUGCAGCUUUUGCUACAAGUGACAGUAAUCAGUUGCAGUUUUUUAACAACUUUGAAGUCAGUAUACAAUACAGAAGCAAAAAAAAAAAAAAAAAAAAAA